CAGUGAUCAUCACUUUCUCCACAACCACACAGUAAAGAUCUUGGUGGCUUCGCGAACGAUCAAGCUGGAUGAAAAAAUCACACUCAGCUACAAGGGAAAAGGGGAUGUGCGCAAGUUCAGAAACAGGCGACAAAUUCUCUCCAGGGCGUUCGAUUUCGAACUGCACCUGCGAUGUCUGCACCGGCGACGAUAGGAACCUCGAGCGGAAGAUACAAGAGCACCAGGAGCUGGACGAGAGCUUAGGUGUCCUCGGAUCGCAUUCGCAAGUUCCGCAAGGUCUACUCGUCGGCAAGCGUAUCAUCGCACUUUACGACGAAUUAGAAGAGGGCUCGAAGCUUUACCACCGCACCUUCUACGACCUGUUUCAGAUUGCGAUUCAAACCAGGAAGACUACACGCCGGGCGGUUGGUUACAUUGCGCAUUCCGCUCGCUGGUUUUACGGGGAAGAGAGUGAGGUCUACGAAGAGGCGGAGAGGUUCAGGAAGUACCCAAGCUCGCAUCGCAACCAUCUCCUCGGUGACCUGUGAUGAAGACUGCAGGGUUAGAUCAACAAAAGCAGGGCCGAACGGAAUGGGAGCGGGGCAUGGAAAGCUGCAGGAAUCCGUAGUCGUGAGGUGAAACGAGUUUGUUGGGGGAUACAUGGGCGUAAUCCGAGGGGAGGUUGAAAAUGGAACGUAUUGUCUUCGUUCCGUAGUCAUUACUGCAGGAAGGGAGAGAGUCGGAGUGGCGUCGGGAAUCAGGGCACGUACUAGUAUGUAGGCAUUAAUAUCCAU